AUGGCGGCCCUCGGAUUGAAUUGUGCGCAUACCGUGCCACGGUUUUUGCUGCCAAAAUUAAGCUGGCAAACAGCAUCGAGUUCAAGUGUCCCAUUCCGAGCUCUCACCACAGCGUUUUCCAACCACCACGUUUCAAAGCGAACCGAAGAACCGUUGCGGCGUUGUCUUCUUGGGAAGGAUUGCAGAAAUACUUUCAGGCCAACAACCUCCGUAUCGCUACAACGUCGAGCCUUUCAUGCCACGCCACGACGAGCAAGAGAUCAUCACUUUGACACUUUAAAAUUUGUUCAACGGUUGCAAGAGGAGGGUUUCACGGAAGCCCAGUCAGUGGCUAUGAUGAAAGUUCUGAGUGAUGUCAUUGAGGAGAGUAUUCAGAAUCUGACCCGGACGAUGGUUUUGCGAGAAGACCAGGCAAAAGCAACAUAUACACAGAAAGUCGACUUUGCAAAGCUCAGAUCCGAACUUAUUUCAGCAGACUCAACGGAGUCAGCGACGACUCGCGCCUCACAUGAACGACUUACAAAUGAUUUGGCGAAGCUUAAUGCGAGAUUGAGGGAUGAAGUCAAUAGAACACAGGCGUCUGUACGUCUUGACCUCAAUCUAGAGAAAGGCAGGAUUAGGGAAGAAGCAAACGUUCAAGAGUUGAAAAUCAAAGAAACGGAAACAAAAAUUGAACAGGAAGUCGCGGGUUUAAGGGAAAAGCUCGAAUCCGUCAAGUUCCAAACUUUGCAAUGGCUGAUGGGUGUUUGUACCGCGGCAUUGAUCCUGGGUGCUUGGAGGUUGUUGAUGUAA